AGAUGAUGGCUUUUAAACAAAAUUUAAACUACACUUACGAUAUUUCUAUGGUCUGAACAAGAUACACGAAGACGAAACAGUAAGGGUUCAUUCUACAAAUACUGAGAAAUAAAACGGAAUCUGUGUUAUCCAUGGCUACCCUUGGGGUUUCAGCUGGAUUUACAUGCCAGAAUAAUUUUGGAAGAAAAUCAGAUUAUUCACGUGAAAUUUAUGCCAAGAGUUCAUUGUAUGGCGCUCAGGUGUUUUGUCCCUCGAAACUUUGCAAUCGGAGGAAGGUGGUCACCAAAUCCAAUGGAGUCAAAGCCAAUUAUGACCACAUUCCAAAGCAGUUUAGGGAGGAAAAUCUGAAAGACGGAGUGAUGGAGAACUUCAAAAAUGUUCCAGAAGAGCUUUAUGGUCUCCCUUCUAAGCAAUUGGAAAAGCUCAUGGUUGGAGAUACUUUCGUUAAACGUCAGGCUGAGCAAGCUACUGCGGAAUCCUUAUCAAGUUCAAGUUAUUACAACAGUUAUAAUGGUUUGCUUAGUAAAAAGUAUUCGAAGAAUCCUGAAGUUAGUAUGAGGGCUGGUACGACACUAGCCUCUGGAGGAUUUAGGAAACCCAGGAGUCCACCACCAGAUUUGCCUUCUCUGCUUUUAGAUAAUCGAAUUAUUUACCUAAACGUGCCUCUAUAUGCUGAAAUAACAGAACUCGUUUUGGCUCAACUUAUUUGGUUGGACUUUGAUAAUCCUGAAAAACCUGUUUUCUUGUACAUAGACUCUACGGGAACACAGAAUGAAGAGGGCGAGGCUGUUUCAUUGGAAUAUGAUGCAUACGCCAUUGGAGAUAUGUUAAAUAAUCUUAAAUGCAAGAUUUACACUCUGAAUCUUGCGACAGCUAUGGGUCAGGCAGGAAUGCUAUUGUCUUUGGGAACAAAAGGUUUCCGUUAUACUCAGCCUGGUGCUGUGGUACAACUGCAUUUGCCAAAAGCGAUUCCUGAGGGUGGUCAAUCUACUGACAUGUGGAUAAGGGCAAAAGAACUGGUAAAUGAAACAGACACAUUUCUUAAAUUUCUCGCACAAGGAACUGGCAAAAGCAAAGAAGAGCUUGCAAAUGACCUUGUAAAACGAAAGAUUUUUAAUGCAGAGGAGGCAAUUGAAUAUGGAAUCGUUGAUAAGAUAAUGCAAAGUGAAAAGGUUCUCUUGGACGCAAAGCGCUAUGAUACAGUUAGUUAUGAAGAAAAAAUUAAACGGAUGAAAGCUCGACAGGAAAAGCGACGGACAGAUCGACGGGCAGAUCCUGCAAUGUCACGUUAAUGUAGAUGCUAGAUGCAUUAGUUCUUCCAUUUAAUGAGUAUUUUUGUUCAAAACUUCAAACAUUGCUACAGUCCCUAAAAUAGUUAGUAGAAAAGAUUAUUUAAUUCUACUCUCAAAAUAUUUUAUUGCUUAGUAACUUGGAUGUAUCAUUUUACUAGUUAUCUGAUGUACAUAAAAGUAUUAUAUAUUAGCAAAAUCUUUAAGAAUUCUUGCAUAAGGGGUAUGAGAAAAUUGUCAAGCUUCUAGCAAUAGUUAUCCACACAGCAAGCGUUCCUGGUAAAUGUAAAUUUGCUGUUUUUUAAAUUUCUAUUUUAAUCAUCGGUUAUCAUGAAUUUCA